AUGGAGGAGAGGUUCUUGGCCGAGCCGCUCAGAGCAACCACCGUGACGUGCAUCCCAAGGCUGCGCGGCGGCGGCGGCGGCGCUCGGCGGCCGCGAAGGGCUGCUGCUCCUGCUUCCUCCGCCGGCGCGGCGCCGGUCUCCGUGCUGGACCGCGUCCGCGACGUCGUGCUGAGGCUCGCGAUGCUGUCGGCGGCGACGACGAAGGGCGCUUUGCCGCAGCAGCAGACGGCGGCGACGGUCAAGACGUCGCCGGGCCGGUCGGCGGCGAGACGAGCCGCGGCGGUGCGGAUGAGCCCGUCGUCGGCGUACACCGACUCGUACCGGAGCGAGGCGGUGGACGAGUGCAUCGAGUUCUUGAAGAGGUCGGCUGCCGGCGUCGGCGUCGGCGGCGCUCAUCCGGUGGCGGCCACCGUGGGAGUAGUAAUAAACUCGCCGUCACCUUUGCAUGCAUCAGCUUCAUGUGCCAUGUGA